UGUCAAUUUUAGAUAGGGCGUCGAUCGUUGACUGGAGUCGAGGUGUGGUUAUCCUUUUCGAUUUUAGGUAGAAAAUUAAAUUAAAAGUACAAAAAUGUCGGCGACAUUAAGGCCGUACCUGACCGCCGUACGGCACACGUUAACCGCCGCGAUGUGCCUCGACAACUUCUCGUCGCAGGUCGUCGAGCGGCACAACAAGCCGGAAGUUGAGGUUAGAUCGAGCAAGGAGCUCCUCCUGACGCCCGUCGUCAUCUCCCGAAACGAAAAGGAGAAGGUCUUCAUCGAGGCCUCCGUCAAUUCCGUACGAAUCAGUAUUGCCGUCAAGCAGGCGGACGAGAUCGAGAAGAUACUCUGCAAGAAGUUCAUGCGAUUCAUGAUGAUGCGGGCGGAGAACUUCAUCGUGUUGAGGAGGAAACCGGUCGAGGGCUACGAUAUUAGCUUUCUCAUUACCAAUUUUCACACGGAGCAGAUGUACAAACAUAAACUCGUCGAUUUCGUGAUACACUUCAUGGAGGAGAUCGAUAAGGAGAUUUCCGAAAUGAAACUCGCCGUUAACGCGAGGGCGAGAAUAGUGUCCGAGGAGUUUUUGAAACGUUUUUAGCUUUCUCGUGUUUUUAUUGUAUUAUGCUUGUAAAUAAUUAGGUAUAAGAUUAUUCUGCUUGUUUUAUAUGAGAUUUAUAUAUAAUUUAUUAUCGGUAUCGUAAUAAAUAUACACAAAAAAUG